AUGCCGCCGCACCCGAGAGCCAUGAAGAAUCCGGCGCCGGUCUCACCUGGGCUGGUGGAGCAGUUCGGCGGCCUCUGGUCGUCGCUCGCCGGCGUGAUGCUCGUGUGGAGCAUGCUGCGCCCCUACCUCCCGCGCCAGCAGCUGGACCGCUUCGCCGGGCGCUUCCUUCGGCGCCACGCGCGGUGGCUCGUGGGGCUCGCCGACCCCUACCUCACCGUCACCGUCGCCGAGUACGACGGCGAGCGGAUGAAGCGCGGGGACGUGUACGAGCGGGCCAACGCGUACCUCAGCCACCGGUGCGCGCGCCGGGCGCGGGCGCUCCGGGCCGAGCCCGCGCGCAACGCCGACCGCUUCGUGCUCACCCUGGGCGACAACGAGGAGGUCACCGACGAGUUCCGCGGCGCCACCGUGUGGUGGCACUCCGUGCCGUCGCCCUCCCGCCACCAUGGUCUCAUGGGGUACCGCGGCGGCGGCGUCCUGGAGGACGCCGGGCGCACGUACCGCCUCGUGUUCCACCAGCGCCACCGCGACCUCGUCGUCGAAUCCUACCUCCCCCACGUCUGCCACGAGGGCGGCGCCAUCAUGGCCGCCAACCGCCGCCGCAAGCUCUUCACCAACUCCGGCGACAGGUGGUGCCUGUUGUUCUUGUCGUUGUCCGGGCCACGCACUGGUGGUCAGUGCUUAAUUUCCUCGGGAUUGACCCCUACGCCGCCGUGUUCUGCACUUCUUGGCAACAGGUACGGGACUUGGAGGCACGUGGUGUUCGAGCACCCAUCGACGUUCGACACGCUGGCCAUGGACCCUGCCAAGAAGCGGGAAAUCAUGGACGACCUCGACGCGUUCCGGAACGGGAAGGACUACUACGCGCGCAUCGGCAAGGCGUGGAAGUGCGGGUACCUCCUGUACGGCCCGCCGGGCACGGGCAAGUCCACCAUGGUCGCCGCCAUGGCCAACUACCUCGACUACAACAUCUACGACAUCGAGCUCACGUCCGUGGCCACCAACACCGACCUCCGGCGCAUGUUCAUCGAGACCAAGGGCAAAUCCAUCAUCGUCAUCGAGGACAUCGACUGCUCCCUCGACCUCACCGGCAAGCGCAGCAAGAAGAAGCCGAAGGCGCCGUUGCCGGGUCCCGCCGCCGCCGACGACGUGACGAAUAAGACGCCGGCAACCGAGGGCGAGCAGUCGUCACCCCGCGACGCGACCGCGACCGCCAGCAAGGUGACGCUCUCCGGCCUGCUCAACUUCACCGACGGCCUCUGGUCGGCGUGCGGCGGCGAGCGCAUCAUCGUGUUCACGACGAACCACGUGGAGCGCCUGGACCCGGCCCUGAUCCGGCGCGGCCGCAUGGACAAGCACGUCGAGAUGUCCUACUGCUGCUUCGAGGCCUUCAAGGUCCUGGCCAGGAACUACCUCGCCGUGGACGCCCACCCUCUGUUCGACGACGUCAGGGCGCUGCUGCAGGAGGUCAACAUCACCCCCGCCGACGUCGCCGAGCUCCUGACGCCCAAGUGCGCCGCCAACAGCGCCGUGGACUCGUGCCUGGCCGGCCUCGUGAAGGCGCUGCAGACGGCUAAGAAGGCCACCACGGCCGAGGCCGGUGGCGCCAGUUUCAGCAUCCACGACGACACGAGGGGGUAG